AUGUCGAUAAACACUCUCCCAUCUACCGUACGCGCUCUGCUGCAGGCAGACCCCACCUCAAAAACUAUCACCCUUGUCGAGCGCCCUCUGCCAAUACCGAAUUUUGAUAAGGGGGAACAUUUAAUCCGUGUUUAUGCUGCCGCUCCUUGUGCAGGAGAACGCCUAUGGCCCAGUUUUGGUGACAUUCCUGGGAAAGAAAUUAUCACCUGUGACGAUGUUGCAGGGGUCGUCGUGAGCACCCCAGAAGGCUCUCCAUUCAAGGUAAGAGACGAGGUGUACGCUCGCACGAGCUAUUACCGCCCUGGAUGCGCUCGUGACUACGCAAUUGUCACUACAGAUGAAUUAGCUGGUCGCCCCUGCAAUCUGAGUUGGGCGGAAUCCUCGGCAGUGCCACUCGCUGCGGAAACGGCAUGGCAAGCUCUGUUCAAGCAUGCCGGAGUCGGAAACUUUGAUAGCCCGAACUGGAAGGGUAAACGCAUCUUGGUGACUGGGGCUUCAGGGGGGGGUUGGGAUCUGGGUCGUCCAGAUUGCAAGUCAAACGGGGGCGGAAGUGGAGCAAAGCAAGUGCUGAACUAUCACUCGAUAAAGAUUGCCGAGUGGGGUCAGAACCCAUUGAACAAAGUCGACGUAAUUGUUGACUGUGUUGGCGGGCAAUCACUUGAAGAUGCCUGGUGGUGUCUCCGUGACAAUAGUGUGAUCAUUAGUAUCAAUCAGCCGCCGGAAGACAGACGACCCGUGAGGUGCGAAGUUUCUGACGUGAGAGCUAUUUUCUUCAUCAUGGAUCCAUCCGGUGCAGAUUUGGCAGAAAUUACAAAGUUGGUGGAAAAGGGCAAAUGCCGGCCUAUUGUUGACAGUGUCUGGCCCUUGGAGCAAUUUCAAAACGCAUACGAACGUUUGGAUAGUGGCCGUGUCCGAGGCAAGAUUAUUUUCGACCUCUUAUUGAAUACUCAAAAGUAA